AUGAAUAUCAAAGAACUAGAACGACGUAAUAAAGAAUUAAAUGCUAAACUUGAGGAAGCUAAACAAGAAUCCUCGAAUUUUAGCUCAAGUCUUGUGCGGAAAAUUCAACAAUUAGAAAAUGAAUUAUCACGAGUGAAACAUAUGAAUCAAGUAUUAACAGAAGAAAAUGAAAAGAUAUUGAAACGCGAAUUUAUGUUGAAUCCUAUCAUGCAGCGAAAUGAAUCAUAUACAGAAAAAAAACAUACAGAUACCGUUGAAAAAGUUACGAAUGAUUAUGAGAGUUCUUACCCACAUGAUGAUAUCGUUAAAAUUGAAAAUUCGAUUAUAACAGACUUGUCUGUUGAGUUGGAUCGUACUUUAUUAAAUACGUUUGAGCGUGUUCAUAAAGAGAGUGACCAUUCUAUCAUUGAAAAAUUGCAAGAUAAAAUUGAGUCACUUAAUUACGAUAAUAAGUGUUUGAGACUUUAUAUCGAAAAGAUUCUUAAUCGUAUUAUGGAAGUUCAAGGUGCUGAAGAAAUUUUAUCUUCGGCACCAGAGUGUAAAAACCAAUCAGUAUCCAAUCCUGUAACAUCUACUACAGAUUCAUUUAGUUUCAAUGAUUACUUAACUCUGGAGAAAAUUGAAAGACGUAGGUCUUGGUCUGGAAGUCAACCUCAAGAUAAUUUUACAUCAAAUGAUAAAAUAAUGGUUGAAGAGCCUAGUCAGAUCUAUCCUAUACCAAAUAAAGGAGUAUCCAAUGAAGAUACUAUUACUCUUAGUGAUGUGCCAAAACGUACACAACGUAGAAAUUCAAAUUCUGCAUCAGGUGGUAAAAUUGCGAAACGUUUUAGUAUUUUUAAUUGGGUUGGAGGUGCAACCAAAGUAGAAAGGAAGGAUGAUCCAUUUAUGAGACCUAUUUUCCUCGUACAAGAAAAUGAGAGGAAAAAAUAA